AUGACAUCAGCCGGCCGAAAACGACCCCGUUCUGAUUCUGCGACCGAUGCAUGCUCGGAAUUAUCUGACGAACCUGAACCCCAUACUGACAAUACCGAACCCGCUGAGCAACCACUGACACGCGACGACGAAUUUUGGAUCGAGGAUGGAAAUAUUGUACUGGGAGUGGAGGAUAUUGCCUUUCGUGUUCACAAGUCUACACUCUCGCGCAACUCAGGCGUAUUUUGCGAUAUGCUUGCCGUCCCACAGCCCAAAGAUGCAGAAACGUGUGAGGGGGUGCCAAUUGUCCAUCUGUCUGACAGAGCAGAUGAUGUGCGAGAGGUUUUGCGAGCCCUAUACGAAUGUCACACAUAUCUCGGCACAGGCCGACUUCCCUUCUUGAAGGCUGCAGCUUUGAUUCGUCUCGGUCACAAAUACCAUAUGGAGAGGAUUCGCGAUGCUGCUCUAGACCGACUGAAGACAUGUUUUCCAGCGCAACUUUUACAGUGGGAAGCAAUCAUCGAGAACUCGGGCAGUAAUGAGAUGGAGUUCGACGCAGAUCCUACUUACGGAAUUGUCGUGGUGAAUUUGGCACGUCUCACCGACACGCCAUCCCUUUUGCCUAUUGGUCUCUAUCUGUGCUGUCUUUUGGACAUGGAUGACCUCGUGGACGGCUGUCACUAUGAGGACGGCUCGUUCGACCAAUUGGACUCGGAGGAUUUAAAACGUUGCGUCGCCGGAAAGUCCCACCUCAUGUACCUUCGAGGGUUGUCAAUCUACCGCGUCUUUCGCAAUAGCGUUAGCUCGAACUGCUUCAACAAACAGACAUGCUCAGCCACACUAGAAACAUUGCUACCAAAAGCUCGCAAAGCAUAUGCCGCAAUAAAUGGCACUGCUGUCUUGGAACCGGCAUCCAACGGCGCAAUCAUGACACUAUCUGCAGCCGACGUCUUGAUAUCGUUGAUGAUUCAUGUAAAUGGCACACCCGGGAGGAUUUGCAUCCACUGCCAUGAAAUGCUUGAACAAAGGGACAGGGGGCGGCGAAACGUAGUGUGGAAGGAACUUCCCAAACUGAUGCAACUCUGA